AUGGAGCAGCAACAAGUUGUGCAGGUGGCGUGGGUGAACGAGGGCCGCGCUCUGGACGUCUCCCUCCCUUGUCCCGACAUUCGCAGCCUCAAGUACCCCCUCCAACCCAAGACUGCGGACUCCCGCAGCCAGGAGCUGGCCAAGCAGAUGGGCGGCGGUGUACCUGUGGACAUGCUUCGGCUGUGCGUAGGCAGCAUCAAUGUGACGUCCGAGAUAGACAGGCCCCUCGACUACUACCUCAUCACCAACGAGCCCUGGUUCGUCCGCUCCCCCAUUGAAGCCUCAGUCAUCAGCAUCCAAAAGACGGGCGACGAAGGCCAAGAAGUGCGCCAGGAACCGGUCAAGGUGUGGCUGAGGCGCGGCUGUUCGUCCUACGCGAUUUCUGCGGCCCUGCAACGUGCGGGGCUUAGGACGGCGGACAUGGAGCUGCGCACCGACGGCGGUGUCAUCAUCCCCGAAGGCUCUUUCUCGAAACAGGCACUUCGGGGCAUGCCCAGCAAGAUUACGCUCUACCUCCGGCGCAAGCCCGACGUUAUAGACAUCACCAUCAUCACUCCGUCUGGGUUCCAACGGUCGGGCAAGCCCGCGACCAUUCUGCUGGGGGUGAAGCGGGACACCACCAUCCGCAACGUCAAGGAGCGCAUCAGGAGCAGCACCGGAGUCCGCCGAGACAACAUUCGGCUCUGCUUCCUGGGCACCGUGCUGGGAGUCACCGGCGACGAGGCCAACUCUGAUGAGGAGCAGGCCAAGGUCUACUACUUCAUCGGCCUCAUCAACCCCCAAUUCUGUAGUAGUUGGCACCUGCCAUCAUCACAACAGGAGGCGAAGACGCUGGCCGACUUUGGCGUCUACGACGGCAGCAGCCUCAUCUGGAGCAGGGGACGCAAAACACUCACGCUUGAUGCGACUCCGGCACAUCUCAUCGCCCAGAUCAAGACCCUUAUCGAAGCCAAGGAGGGUAUUCCUGCUGACCAGCAGCGCCUUGUGUUUGCCGGGAGACAGCUGGAUGACGACAUCUGUCUCGGCGACUAUACCAUCGACCGCGAGUCCACCCUCCAGCUUGUGAUUCGGCUUCGCGGAGGGGGGAUGACGGCGGGAAGCUUGUUCGUCGAUGUGUCCAACACGAACGCGUUGGAGCGGCGGCAGUGGUCCUCGAAAGCCCCGCAGUGGCGCAUAGUGAAGCCGGGGCUGAGCGUGGAGGGCGUGUGCACCAACCGCGGGUGCGAGGCCUUCGACCAAUCUGUGAUCAUCAACCAGCUCCACGGCACCUUCGACCUCCUGCUCGACGCCCACACGUGUCACUGCCCCAUAUGUGGAUCGUACGUGGAGCCGGCGACGUGCGCCUUCAACAACUGCUGGUGGAAGUGGAGCGGCAUCAAGAAGGGAGCCCGGGCUGGACAGCCGCCUCUCCAUAUCGUGUGGCUGCGUCUGAGCAAACAACAACCCUGGGAGCAGGCCGACAACGCCUACCAUCGCUUCUCCGAGGAGAAGGCCGGCACCGUCGAGUGGCUGCGCCUGCUCAUCCACACCAAGCGCAUCCAAGAAUGCGAGGGUGCGGCGGCGCCGAGAAGACCCUUCGAAAUGUUCUGCUGCAUCUGCAUCUGCGACAUCACGGCGACGGAGGAGGUGAAGACGCUCGCGUGCGGCCACGCCUUCCACCCUCCGUGCGUCGACGAGUGGACCGGCCGCUCGCCCACCUGCCCCUACUGUCGACGCGACCUCUGA